AUGACUGGCGGCGCUAUUGACCUCAACAUCAAAAGGAAGAAAACCAUUGCCUUUUAUUUACCUGAUGAGUGUUGGGAGUCUGUCUUCAAAUUCCUCAACGUCGUGGACGAUGACGGCAACAACCAACGCAACCUUGAGCCUCUUUCCCUCAUUUCUAAACAGUUUUUAUCUAUCACCAACCGUCUCAUAUUUUCACUCACUGUCAGCGAUCCAGCACACCCUCCCCUUCGUCACCUCUUCCAUAGAUUCACCAGCCUCGCCUCCCUCGACCUUUCACACUACAAAGGUGACCUAAACAAGCUUAUCAACAAGAUCUCUUGUUUUCCAUUGAAACUCACAUCACUCAAUCUCUCCAACCAUCUCACCAUUCCCACCAAUGGGUUACAAGCUUUCUCCCAGAAUAUUACAACUUUGACCUCUCUCACUUGUUCCCACAUGGGAAAUCUCCGUAGCUCUGACCUUACCCUCAUCGCUGAUUGUUUCCCUUUGCUAGAAGAACUCGAUCUUAGUAAGCCUUCAGUACUACUCAUAUAUCCAAUCAUAUAUCCAAAUAGAAUGCUUAAUGGGAUAGAGACUCUUUCGUUGUCACUUGCUAAACUCCGCAAGGUUAACCUCACUUUUCAUAUUUAUAUGAAUGAUCAAUCGCUUCUCAACUUGUUCAAGAACUUAAAGCAUCUAGAAGAGGCCAUCAUAUUGCGCUGUGAUGAAAUAACCAACGCUGGUGUUGCUUCUGCUCUACGUGAGAGGCCAACGUUGAGGUCUUUAUCAUUUACCACAAUGGACGAAAAUAAUGUAAGAAUUCUAAUUCUUUGA